UACGGUUGUGCUGCUGAAGGUGAACGCGAAAGAAUUUCUUGCAAAGCAUUCGAAACAUGGUAUGCUCAAAGCUACGCCGGGAUUGCUGCGGUUGUAAUUGAAGCUGGACACAAAGAUUCCACGACAACAUAUGAUUCUUGAGUCACUUAUUAUGUGUGGGUGUGCGCGCACAGUGCAGGUAACUUCGUAACGCGUCUUGUGUGCAGUUGGUUCGGACGGGCUGGAGUACCGCACGCUGCUAUUGUGAUCACAGCGUUGUACAUCAUGUAGGGGUAGACGCCUCCACUUGUAAAAGGUGUCAAAACAGUCGACCUUAGAGGGGCCACCUGUGGGACAUAACAGAAUAUUCUGGGCUGAGGAAUCAGAGGUUUUUUUCAGGUUCUUGCUGGUGAACUCGUCUAAGUGGUAGGACGUAACAGUCAUAUAUUGGGGUAAUUGCAGCCAUCAGCACUCCAACAAAGGUCAUCCUCCUUGCCAAACCAUCCCCGGUGCAACUCUUAUGACGCACUCUUCUAAGUCUAACAGCCUGUUUUAUUGGACUUAUUGUACAACAAUGUUCAAGAUGUGUCACUCCCCGCUUCUUUUCGCCGCUCUGCUUUCUGCCCUGCGAAUCCCUGUUGUGAGAGCGAAAAGCGAACUGGAGGUCGGCAGUCCGCCGUCCUUUCUGCGUGAACCCCCGGGCAGCGUUCUCUAUUCCAACACCACUGGUUCCCUCGUGCCCUGCACUGCAUCGGGCGACCCGAGACCUUCAAUUAUUUGGACCAACGAAACCGGGCAGCCCUUGGAACCUGCGCCGGGGUUGAGAAGGGUGCGAUUGGACGGAGCACUCGAGUUCCAGCCCUUCCGUGCCGAGGAAUACAGGCAGGACGUUCAUGCCGCUGUCUACCGAUGCAUCGCCUCCAAUACCCUUGGCGCUGUCGUCAGCAGAAAUGUGCACGUCCGCGCCGUGAUUCAACAACCGUACGAGGUGCGCGUCUACGAUGACUUCGUUGUCCGAACAAACACCGGAGUGCUGCGGUGCCACGUACCCAAUUACGCCAAGGAGUACGUAGCCGUUACCUCCUGGGUACGAAGCGAUGGGCUCAUCAUAUCCGUGCAAGCUAUUCCAGAUGAGAACUCAAAGUACGUGGCCUUUUCAACCGGAGAGCUUCAUGUCCGACGUGCUGGCCCUGAGGACAGCCGCCACUCCUUCCAGUGUCAGACCAAAGACACACUGAGCGGCACGACGACGAAGAGUACUACGACGGGAAAACUUGUCAUUACCGAACCACACUCCAGUCUCCCACCGAAGGUGAUCCAUUGGAGCAGACAAGUGAUCGGAAGCCAGGGCGCCCCCGUAUUCUUGCCGUGCGAAGCGCAGGGUCACCCAACACCGGCGUACCGCUGGUACCGUAGCUACGCCGACCGCCUAAAGCCUCUGCUUCUGGGUCCAGCCGCUGCCGGUCCAGGAACACUCCUCGUAGGAGGGACCCUCGUGUUACGGCAUGCUUCCGUCCAGGACUCUGCAACAUAUGUCUGCGUCGUGGCCAAUUCUGCUGGAGAGGAAAAGAACGAAGUGCAUUUGCUGGUUACAGAACCGCUAGAUGUUCAAUUAUGGCCAAGAAGCAAAGAAGUCCGGUCCGGAGAUGCUGUAACGCUCAACUGUACCGUCAGUGGUUACCCAGUACGAAGUGUGACCUGGACGAAGAACUCCAGGCCUGUGCAACCUUCGCGUAGAAUUGCUCUUCUCAAUCGGUACGCUUUGAGAAUCCAUGCGGUGCAGAGCGAAGACAGCGGAAUCUACCAGUGCAUAGCCAGCAACGAGCAGGACUCGGCUCAGGGUCUUUCGUUUGUUUCCAUCAAGGCUGAAGCUCCUGUUCUGGUGUCACGCUUCGAAGAGGUUGUAGUACGGAGAGAAGAGCCCGUGUCGCUCCGGUGCGCGGCUACAGGGAUUCCACUGCCUCAGAUCACGUGGUCCGUUUACGAUGUCCAGGUGCAAGACUCCAACAGGGUACGUGUAGGCGACUACGUGAGUCGCGAUGGUUCCGUGAUCAGCUUCGUGAACUUCACUCGAAUCCAUACCGAAGACGGAGGCUCCUACAGAUGCGAAGCCACCAACGACCACGGCCGGGAUACACACACAGCUAGGCUUAAUGUCAUGGGAACUCCCUCUGUGCAGCCAAUGCCCAACAGGACCAUCGUUGCCGGAAAGCUCUUCGUACUUCAUUGCCCUUUCUCUGGAUAUCCCAUCACCAAAGUCUAUUGGCGUAAAGAUGGCAAGAACAUCCCUCACAGCAAGCGUAUCAUGUCAUACCCUAACGGCUCGCUGGUCAUUGAUACGGUGAGCCGGAAUGAUGACCAGGGCCAUUACACCUGCUUCGUUCAAAACGAACUUGGAAAUGAAGCCAGGAGCCAUGUGAAUAUCAAGGUGAUCGUACCGCCCUCGAUAACGCCAUUCUCAUUCCCGGAGAAGCCCCAAGUUGGACUUCGCGCGAGCGUCACGUGCAGUGUGCCAGACGGCGAUCCGCCGAUUCAGCUGUCUUGGCUCAGGGAUGGAAUUCCCAUUCUGUCGCCUCGUACUCAGGGAAUUUCUCUCGGCCAUGUGGAUGACUUCAUUUCAACCCUCGUCUUCAAGUCGCUCACAGAAGAGCACACGGCUGUUUAUACCUGUCUGGCACAUAACAAAGCUGCUUCUGUCAACUACUCAGCGCCCCUUGUAGUAUACGCUCCCCCACGAUGGAGAGUCGAGCCUGUGGACCUAACUGCAAAGACCUCCGAGAAGGUAGUCCUUGAUUGUCAAGCGGAUGGAACUCCGGAACCCAGGGUGCGAUGGAAGAAGUCGGCAGGUACACCGAGCUCCGAGUUUCGUACCAUUAUCAGCAGUUCAAGAAUGCAAGCUCUUGUGAACGGUUCCCUCGUCAUUCAGGAAGUUGAGACUUCUGAUGCUGGAAGUUACAUGUGUGAGGCAUCAAAUGGUGUGGGACUACCUCUCUACACCGUAGUCCAAAUGAGUGUCCAUGCACCUGCCAAAGUGAAACAACGAUUCCUGUCUCAUGUCACGCGCCGGGGCCAGAUGGUAACAUUACGCUGUGAUGCGACAGGAGAUAAACCACUCAAUUUCUUCUGGAUGAAAGAUGGACAACCAAUAAAAACAUUCUCGUCUCCUAGGUACAUGGUUAAAGACCACUCUGCAGAAUACUCAGCCUGGUCUGCAUUGGAGAUCUUGUCUGCUGAAAGGAAUGAUACGGGUACAUUACGGUGUGAAGUAUCAAAUGCAUUCGGCCACGACGAACAGACGACACAUUUGACGGUACAAGACAGACCUGAUGCGCCUCCAAGACCAGAAGCUCUCAACGUUGUUAGUCGGGCUGUUACAAUCAUCUGGAAGAGUCCCAUGAAUGGAAACUCGCCCGUUGUCAAAUACAUCGUGCAGUACAAGAGGAGUGUCGAUUCAUGGGAGAAGCACCUGAGUGAGAUGAUUGCCGAAGCAGACCAAAGCCAAGUGACUGUACAAGACCUGCAUCCGCUCACCGAGUAUAACUUCCGAGUACUCGCCGAGAACGCCAUCGGCGUAGGACCCUCCAGUGACGUACUCACGGUCAUAACUGAAGGGGAAGUGCCAGCAACACCUCCACAGAACGUCAAGGUUGCUGCGAUAGGAUCGAAGAAAAUUGAAGUGACUUGGAGGCCGCCUCCUCAACACCUACAGUACGGCGAUAUCCAAGGGUACUAUGUAGGCUAUAGGGUACAAGGCUCUGCAGAUCCGUACGUCUUCAAGACCAUCACUAAGUCAUCCGAUACCACCGUGAAAUGCGUAAUAGACAACUUACUUCGUGCAACGGCGUACGCUGUUGUUGUCCAAGCUUACAACGAGAAGGGGGCUGGACCUCUUUCGGAUGAGAUUAGAGUGCAAACGUAUGAACACGACCCUCCACCGCCGCCAGUUGUGAAUGUUGUGACACGUACUACCAAUUCCAUUGAGCUGUCAUGGUCUCCACAAGGCCAACCAUCUGAAGCCAUUGAAGGAUACAUUGCGAGAUACCGCCUUCACGAAGGAGUGGAUUGGAAUGAAAUAUCAUUGGGUCCCGAUAAGAGUGGAUAUACUUUCGAUGGCCUCGUUUGUGGAGGCACAUACCACUUUUCUGUGCUCACUUUUAACCAAAACGGAAGAAGCGAUCCAGGGCAAGAGCUUCAAGUCAAGACAGAAGGGUCUGUUCCGCAGCCACCAUCCCAGAGGAACGCCGUUAUGCCCAACAUUACGUCAUUCGUGCUUGUACUGAACUCGUGGAAAGACGCCGGAUGCCCAAUCAGCCACUUCUUCGUCCAGUACAGAAUAAAAGAAGAUCCGGACUGGACAUUAUUCUCCUCCCGAAUCCUACCAGAUAAAGACAACAUCGUCAUCAAUGAGCUUCUACCGGGCACCUGGUACACAAUCAUGGUGAUGGCCUUCAACAGCGCCGGUUCGACGAAAGUCGAGUAUAACGUCGGAACACUUACGCAUGCUGGCAGUCCUCUGGUUCCCGAUAAAAUGGCGGAGACCGGGCGCGAAAAUGUGCAUCGUUAUCGUAACCUUUCCAUCAUCGUGCCUAUCUGCUGCUCUAUCAUCGUCCUAAUCGCCAUAUCCGUGGCCGUCAUGGUACUUCUGUGCCGUAGAAGGACAUCAUCGUCGUCACCUCCUCCUGGAAUGACAACCUACGAAGGCGUGCGAAUGUGUGAGGACCUAAAGGCUGACUCCUUAAUCAUGACUGAGCUGGAGAAAGCUUCCAACGAUAGAGACUACUACCCUUCACCGUACGCCUCCUCGAAAGUUGCAGACAUUGGGCGGUGCGACGAAGAGCUACGUGGCGUCGGGGAACAUUCCCGCGUCCUGUCGUCAGCUGCGUCCGCAGCUUCGGUGUCUUCUCCAUACAGGUCUUCUCGCCUGGUGGAACAUACCUAUGAUGUGCCUCAGCAUCCCCGCGAGGGUGCUAAAACUCAUCUGUACAAAGGUGACAUGGAAUGCGUUGUGAAUAAAGACAAGUUACAGAAUCACGUAGUUUCAGAAUUAGGCAAGAAAGAGCAAUACUAUCAACGAAUAGCAGGAAAAGGUCGACCAUCUGCGUAUGGCCUCGUCCACUCUGACCCCAAUCAAUUGGCGGCAUACCAGUGGUCCGAUCCCAGCGAAAUUGAUCGGUUAGACAGGUGGUGUUUGACUGAGCGGGAUAUUCACUUGAGUGCAUUUCACAUGCCUUCCUCGGUAGGAAAUGUUCCGGAGUUCAGUGAAAUUUCGGACACCGAGUGCGACAGAGACCUGGAACGUUUCGAGAACGGUGGUCGUUAGGUGUAUGUAUAGCGCUAUGGCUGCCGGCAGCGAUAAAGGCACAGGAAACAGAAUUCGCCUUCGUGGUAGGAGGCAAUCAAAU